AAGAGGCCUUCCGCGGACAUGGAUAUAUUUGAAACGCACCGCCACAGAUGGCCAUCCGGUUUGAACGAGACACACUCUCUCUGGAUAUUUUAUGCGACGGGGACGGUUUACCUGAAUGGGUAGAAGUUUGGACCUGCCAUACGUUGUCAAUGAAAUAUUAAUAAGAAAACCAUCGACGUGAAGAAUCAGAUAUCUGGCUCUUGGGCAGGAAGAUAAAAGUGAAGGUUAAAUGCAGAUAAGCAAAGCUCAAAACCAAGCAAAUGGUUUGGUAGGAAUCAACGGAGCUAGGUAAUAGCAAAAUAUGCGCUUCCACCGGCGAGCUGCAGAUCUUGAUGCAAGAACUCGCCAACUUGAUAGUCGUGGUUGGGCCAUGAUAGGAUUGAGCUACCAGUGGCGGAUGCGCACAAGGACGGGGCACGUCGAAACAGCUCACUUAGACAUCACAGGACAGCAACUAAGGAGCAGCAAAUGCAAGCAUUUCUCCUCAUUUUCCCCCCCUCUUUCUGUAUUUUCAUUUUAUUUUAUUUUUCUUGCUGCUGGGCUUUUGCCUAGGCAAAUGCUCGUUCCAUGUCAAUCACCAACAUUUAGACAAGGCAGCGAAUUCGAAGAUGCACGUUUCUAUACUGCAUUUAGGACUGGUGGACUGUCGGGGGUGGAAUGAGGGCUUUGCGUGUGAACAAUAAUGUGCUUUAGAUUUAUUAUGCAUCUUUUCUGCUUUGCUGGAGGCUCCAUAUUUUGGGUUUUGUUCUGACAACCUUGGAUUGGGCCCGAGAGGGGAAGGAGUUAAUUCUCCGAGGUAGCGGCAUUCACGCGCUGACUUGCAACAAAGCGCUGACUGGAGCAGUCUGAUGGCAUUUUAUGUACAUGUACAUACACAGCACAGUGCAAUAAUAAAGGUAGCU